AUGUCUUCAUCUGACAGCCUUCCAUCAUAUAAUAUUGGAGACCUGCCGUCAUAUAGUAUUCCCAUGAACAAACUCAACACCUCUGAUGAGUCCUACACGCCCUCAGCUCAACCUCGUUCGGAAGCCCGUAAUGAAAAUGUGAAAAUGAUCGCGAUGGGUGUAUUGGGCCGCGUUCUAAUUAUCUGUGGCCUUCUCGCUAUCGGUGUGGUCGGAUUCUGGUUGCUCGUUAGUAUGAUGUAG